GUGAGUAUUACGUUGCUUUGCGGUCUUCUUGCAGGAUGUACUAUACCGUUGAGGGAGUUUAAAAAGUGAAAAAACGACUCGGAUGUUACACGGUAGAAAAUUAUCCGCUCGUUAAGCAAUUAUUCAAAAUUGUCAUCCUUGUCUGACAGACUAUGCAAGUGCUAACGAAGUAGUUGCAGUUGCAUAUGGACGGAAAUUGUGUAGAAAGCCUUUUCUUCAAGUGAAAAAACUAAACGUCGAUCUCCUGAAUAUGAAUAUUGUUUCACAAUAAGUUCCCGAACAUCUGCUCGUUCUCAAAGCCAACAGGUGUUACGAUCAUCUGUAAAACCUUUUAGUUAUCAAUAGUGCUGCUAGUGGAUGUAGGGGAUUUUCAACUCGAGAUCAGUUUCUGAUUAUCUAUAUCUCUGCGGUGUUUAAAAAAAAUGUGUCGUGCAUUAGCCGUAAAUUACUCCUUUUUCUCCUCCGGAAGUUACCUGUUAAAAUUACGAUAAGAAUCUGAGCAAAGUGUUUUUGGUAUCACUGUUGACUGAUACGAAGAUCUCUGACGAAACUAAGCAGUUACUUCUGUUUUGGUAGAAACUUCAUGAACUGUUUACAGUGAAGAAUGUGAUGUAGAUACUAUUUUUCAUAAUUUAUGCUUAAAUUGGAAAUCGUUUUCGCUGAAGUUUCUUCCCUUUUAAAGCAAAUUUUCAUUUAUCUGUAGUUUAAUCACUUUUGAAGCAUAUUGUUAGAAGUAUUCUGGUUUAAUAUCUCGCAUAAGUUCAUAUUUAACCGCCUUUCCCAAUGCAUAUCAUCCGUGUUCAGUUGUUGAGUCUUUUUGGCUUAUUCAUAUGCAUGGUAUCAACAUUUUUACUUCCUUAUUGGUGGGUGAGUCGAAAACCUAAUCUUUUUGGAGGAUCAAAAUAUGAAGUGGGUGUCAGCUUGGCCAAUUGCUUUUCUGGUGGUGUUUUCAUUGCGACAUUCUUUGUAGGCUUGAUGCCUGAAGUCAGAAGCAUGUUUGUUAAUGUUUUCGAAGAAUACAAGAUCACUACCGAUUUUCCCAUCACAGAAUUCGUAAUAUUUAUCGGUUUCCUCCUAGCAUUAGCCAUCGAACAAAGUGUUUUGGAUUACAAGGAAAGAAAAGGAACUUAUUCGUCUGUUCCGUCUGGUGUCAGCGACGAAAAUCCUAAGACAGAACUGAAUUCUUCUCCAGCUUCUUGUGCUUUAAAGGAGAUAUGUGACUCAAACAGUUUGGACUAUGACAGCGACAAUGCACUCAGGACAUCUAUCAAAGUGUGCAAUAGUCGAUCAGACAGUGAAUCUAUAAUAGGAUCACCAGAAAAAUUUCAUAAUCAUAGCCAUCACGGACAUGGUCAUAGCCAUGAUAUUGGACAAAUUCUUCAAGGUGAGAGCGGAAUUCGCCUUGGUAUGCUUAUGGUAUCUCUAGGGAUACAUUCUUUAUUUGAAGGUUUGGCGCUAGGGCUACAGACUUCUGUACCGGUUCUUGUAAAUCUUGUUGUUGGAGUUGCUGUUCAUGAAUUGCUCGUAGCUUUUGCCAUGGGAGUGAAUGUGUCCAGACUACGACUGAAAGCUCCAACUGCUAUAAAAUUAGCACUAAUAUUUUCUGCUUCUAUACCAGCAGGACAGCUGCUGGGGCUUCUCAUUGGACAUUACCAGUCAACAGCUGCUGUAGCAGUGAGCGCAUCUCUCCAAGGACUGGCAGCUGGAACAUUCAUUCAUGUUACUUUCUUGGAAGUCAUACCAGCAGAAUUCAAUGAAUCUGGACCGCGACUGUUGAAAGUAUUCUUUCUGGGACUUGGAUUUGUGCUUCUGUUACUCUGCAGCGUACUCAUGAAAGACGCUAGUCAACCACUGCAUUGAACAAUCUUUCUCCCCUAUGCUGUGGGCAACUCAACAAUUAUUUUAAAUGGGUCAUUGUAAUUUUUAUUGUUAAAUUGGAAAGAACAAAUCAUUUCUGGCUGGUCUGUAAAAGAGCAUCUACCGAAUUUUACGGAAAAUUAAAGAUAUAAAUUUUUUGAUGAAA